ACAACAUCUCAAUAAGUCCUUGUAAUCACGUUCAGUCAAUUCCAGAGUUUCCAAUUUCAUUCCUCUGGGUAUCUUGAGACGUCAAUUUAGCUCAACAAAGGUCCUGCAAAAGAGCGCCAACUCUCCUCCCAAGCUGACCUGAGUAACGUCCAUUCGACCAAGUUGCAACCACCAUGGCACCCAACAUGUCCCUAUUCGCGGUCAACGCGAUCUUGAUCCUCUCGCCGGACGACAAUUCUCGUAUCCUAGCCAAGUACUACUCCGCGCCUCACCCGCCAGCCGGCGCUGCCCCACACGCGACCAACUACCCUGGCGCAAACCCGUACCCGCAGCUCAAGGACCAAAAGGCGUUUGAGAAGGGCCUGCUGGAAAAGACGGCCAAGCACACGAGCGACGUGAUACUGUACGACAACCGGGUAGUCGUUUUCAAGAGCGAGGGCGAUGUCAUGUUCUACGUUGUUGGUGGAGCCGACGAGAACGAGAUAUUACUGUACAAUGUGGUCGUCGCGCUGCGAGACUCGCUGAACAUUCUCCUAAAAGCAUCAAUCGACAAGCGCACCAUUAUCGAAAACUACGACCUCGUCGCCCUCGCCAUUGACGAGCUCGUUGACGACGGGAUCAUUCUUGAGACGGAUCCCCUGGUCGUUGCCUCCCGUGUCAGCAAGCCCCCUGCUCAGGACAUCAACGUCAAGGGCAUCGAUCUGUCUGAACAAGGGUUGAUGAAUGCUUGGGAAUUCGGAAAGAUGAAGUUGAGCGAGAGACUGCGGCAGGGUCUGUAAAAGACUGCGCAACUGGGUCAUUAUCAUGCGUCAUUCUUCAAUCCAUCUUCUGUCGGGUAUGACAUUAAGAUACAUUUGUACACCAUUGUCAUUUGUUGACUGGAUUGCCGUCAGUUGAAUUAUCCUUUCCUAUUUCAAUUCCCGUCUUGAUAGAGUACUUUGGCGUUUUGGGAGCAACAGAAACUCUUUGUGGGUGUUUUUUUUUUUUCUGAUCCAUGACAUUCAUGUCUUUAAAAAUAUAUUUACUUGAUUCCAUUUCGCAUUUGUUGGUUCAAAUUCUGGUCUCAUUGGCGACCGCGGAGAUUGUAUUGUACCAGAGACUCAUGUCAAAGCCCGAUGUGACACGUACAAGUGCAAGAUCGUUCUGGGAAAUAUUCCUUCCAGGCCCGGGGUUUUAUUCUAUAUUCCUGUAAUAUGUAUAGUGCGAUCGAAGAAUGAUUUCUUAUCAUACUGUACAAGGAUAUAUACACACAAAUGCUUC